CGAUAAACGAAAGUUCAGAAGAACAUUUUGGUGGGAAAUCUGAGAGACCGCCCUUUCGACUAACGACGUCUAGUCUAGACCGCUAUUCCAUUGUACAGGUGUACUAUCUCAGACAGCUCCAUAGGAUAAGUUCUGGCACUGAGCCAGAAUACCAGAACGCUACACUGGAAGCUCCUCAUGGGUCGUUCAUCUGUACUCUUCUGAGAUAGACAUUCGUUCUCUUAGAGCUUGUGAAGUCAGAUUCGGGGACCUCGAGCACGACAUCUGAUCUUGGUGCGUCGAGCCGUCACAAUCGCCACACCUAACAACAACAACACCUAUAUCAUCCAAAAUGGUCAAUGAAAGACAACCGCCGCAGGGGCCUGUCUCCCCUCGGAAACCAGUCGAAAAGUCAUCUGCUGCGCACCCGGAAUUUGGUAAACCGUCGCCUCUCCGCCCGAUGAACAGCCAGUCAAUGCACCUUUUCAACAUACCUAAGCCGAGUCAAGCACGGCCUGAGCAUCAUAGACCAGCCCAAUCCAGUUCACAACCACACCAUUCUCAGCAUGGUCGUGAUGUUAGUCCAUCAAAACUGGCAAGGACGCCCGGGCCCCUGGCAACUCCGGUUGCAAAGCGCAGUCAUCCUUUCGACCCAUUCAAGCCGGUCAGGCCGUCUGAAUAUAAUCACCAAGGAAAGUCAUCUCUCGCUGAUAAUGACGUUUUUGAGAUUGCUCGUCCUACGAAUCACACGUGGACUACUCCGCGAGCACCCAGGCAGAUCUUCUCCUCGAAGCCGAAUAAGACGAAAAUGACCAGCGCAUCGAAUAACCUCAAGAACUUCAUUGAUCUCACGACAAAUGAGGUCGGUUUCGCAACCAACAGCAGCCACUACAGGGAAGAAGUCUCGGCGAUGGAUGCGUACUCCUACGUGGAUGCCGCCAAGGCCAACGAGAACAUCAAGGCUUUGCUCGAGGGUGCAUUUGAGGACGAGGAAGAUAAGCCAGAGCGACGGAAAGGCAGGAAGAAAUCUGGUAAAAAGAAGAAACAGAAAGCCAAACCGGACAGAAAGCUCGAAUCCGACAUUGACGAUUUGGCUGCUCAGUUGGAGGGAGUCAACGUCAACGAUACCAAAGCUGAGACGGAAACGUUAAAGGAGGACAAAGGAAAAGAGGUGACAAAUGAUAAGAGCGGUACUGAUGACGAAGUCAAAAGACCAGAACAAAAAGAGCAGGAGGAUCAUGAAGAAGAAGAAGAAGGAGAGGAGGAGGGUGAAGACGAGGAAGAUGAAGAGGAAGACGACGGCACGAUAGAGGGUCUCAAGGUCAAACUUUUGCCUCAUCAGAUUGAUGGUGUUAGAUGGAUGCGUGAUAAGGAAACCGGACAGAAGAAAACCCGAGGUGUCCUCCCUAAAGGUGGUAUACUCGCAGAUGAUAUGGGUCUCGGAAAGACAGUACAGGCGAUUGCACUGAUUCUCACCAACCGCAAAACUUCCCAGAAAGAUGAGGAAACUAGGAGAGCGAGCGACGAUGACGAUGACGAUGACGAGGAAGACCAAAAAGAAAAAGCCAAGCUUUCCCGUGUCAUUGAUAAAGGAACACUUGUUGUUGCUCCUCUGGCCUUGAUCAAACAGUGGGAGUCCGAGAUUGCAGUCAAAGUUGAAGACUCCCAUCGGCUUCGCGUGGGCGUUUAUCACGGUGCUGGUCGGAGCAAAAUGGCCGAUGAUCUGAAGAAAUACGAUGUGGUCAUUACCACUUACGGUACCCUUAGCUCAGAACAUGCGAGCUCCGGUGAAAGAGCCAAGUCUGGCCUAUUUUCAGUUUACUGGUAUCGCAUCAUACUGGACGAAGCGCAUACGAUCAAGAACCGAAACGCAAAGUCGACACAGGCGGCCUGUGCGUUGAACGCGGAGUAUAGAUGGUGCCUGACUGGUACACCGUUACAGAAUAACCUGGACGAGCUUCAGAGCUUGAUCAAGUUCUUGCGAAUCAAGCCAUACAAUGAUCUGGCAGCUUGGCGCGAACAGAUCACCAAGCCGUUGAACAACGGUAGAGGUGCUCUCGCCAUCAAGCGGUUGCAGGUCUACCUCAGGGCUUUCAUGAAGCGCCGCACUAAGGAUGUCUUGAAGCUGAACGAUGAUCUCAAACCUGGAGAAGCUGACGAGAAUGGCGAGAAGAAAACAUCUAAUGGCUUCCAAAUCACAAAACGAGAGGUUAUCAAGGUCGAUGCAGAAUUCACGCCUGCAGAGAUGGAGUUUUACAAACGUCUUGAACAGCGUACCGACCGCAGCCUGGAAAAAAUGAUGGGGGGCGCGAAGAUGGAUUAUACUGGUGCCUUGGUUCUGCUGCUUCGCCUUCGUCAAGCUUGUAACCAUCCAGAUCUUGUCAAGAGUGACCUAGCGGACGACAAGGAUGUGCUAUUGAAUAAUGUUUCCUCGAAGCAGUCUAAAGCAGCGAAGGAAGAUGACCUCGACAGCGUUGCAGACUUGUUUGGUGGUCUCAGCGUCGUGACUAAGAAGUGCGAUGUCUGCCAGACGGAGCUGAGCAGAGAAGAUGCUAAGGCCGGUGGCAGCAGAUGCGCGGAGUGUGAGGCAGAACUAAAGUCUGACGUUAUUGCGAAGCCUGAAAAGAAAAAGAAGAAGCACAAGAAGCAUCGAAAGGAGAAGAAGCAAGAUACAUCAGAGUCAUAUCAUAGUCUAUCAGAGGCCCAGAAAGCCCGCUCUCGGAGAAAUAGGCGUGUCAUAACUGAUAGCGAUGACGAGGAUGACGGCGAAUGGAUCGUUCCUGAAGAUCAGCGGGCAGCGCCUGAUCUUGGUAAAGCUGGGGGUUCUGAUGAUGAGGAUGCAGAAGGUGGGGGCGAGUGGAUCAAUGCCGAAGACUCAGAGACGGAUGAAGACGAAAUCGAGUCCCCUAGUCGCAAAAGGACCGGUGUCAUCAGCCUCCCUGACACUGAGGACGAGUCUGACAGCGAAGCUGAAACAGAAAGCGAAGAGGAGCUCGACGAUGAUGAAGAUGACGACGUUCUCGCCUCCACCAAGAUCAGAUAUCUCAUGCGGAUCCUCAAGCGCGAGUCGCACGACUACAAGUUCAUUGUCUUCUCAUUUUUCACCUCAAUGCUGGAUAAGGUCGAGCCUUUCUUGAAACGGGCAGGCAUCGGUUUUAGUCGCUACGAUGGUGGAAUGAGAAAUGACAUGCGCGAAGCAAGCCUUGAGAAACUGAGGCACAGCCGAGGGACACGUGUAUUGCUUUGCAGUCUGCGUGCUGGUGCCCUAGGGCUGAACCUCACUGCUGCAAGCAGAGUAGUCCUCCUCGAGCCAUUUUGGAAUCCGUUUGUGGAGGAGCAAGCUAUUGACCGAGUCCACCGCCUCAAUCAGACCCUUGACGUCAAGAUCUACAAGAUGACUAUUAAGGACACCGUCGAGCAGCGUAUCCUGGAUCUCCAGGAGCGUAAGCGCGAACUCGCGAAUGCUACCAUCGAAGGAAAGACGGCCGCUGGUAAGCUUACAAUGCGCGACAUGAUGGCCCUCUUCGGUCGCGAUGCCGAGAGGUUCGAAACCGAUCCGGGUGCCUUGGAGCUCAACCAGAGAACGAAACUGCUGGCUCCAAGGGACGAGGACGAGGAGAGUGGCAACUACUCCCGUAGCAUCUCGCAGUCGUCCAGCUUCUCUGGUCAAGCACGUCGUACAGCUCCGCCGGCUAUGGAAAAGGACAGGAAAAAGAAGCCUCCAAGGGCUGAAGAUUCAGUCUAUGGCCGGCGGUGGUAAAGCUGACGUGUGAAGCACUGGGCUGCCAUGCGGUUAAGGUUCUCACAUGGGCGUAUAACUGGAUGGCCUAAGCAAUUAUGAUAGGGUCUUGCACGGUUUUCUGAGCGGACUAAUCUAUAGUCUCUGAUCAAUUAUUUGUUCUGCUGGGCUACGGUGCGAUGGAUAUCUUGGAAUAAGGGUGGAUAAUGCGGCGUCAGGCGAUAGUAUGUAUUUCGAGGGUUUCCGUACAACUUUACUUUGGCUCUCUCUCUCUCUCUCUCUCUGGCCUGGUGUCAUCUAUAUGGGAUAUGUGAUUGGCCUCUUCUAUCUGGCUUCCUGACUUUUGUAAAAGCGGAAUAUUCUGACCCGACUACAGCGUAGACGCAGCUCCAUAGAUCGGUCCUAACCCCAUCACUUAAUGUCGCGUAAAGAUGAUACGAAUGGUAAAUAGAAGUCACAUGGAUAGGCGAUGGA